CCAAAGUAGGUAUUUGUGUUGAAACAGUUGUUUUCUGGUGUAAGAACUCAUCAGAAUCGCCUUUACAUCACGUUUGAAAUCAAGAUUAGUGUUCAAUCUACAAAAAACUUCCGCUUCCGGGUGCUUACAUUUGUCUCUGCCAUAUUCCGCUCUGGUCUUUUCACUUCCCAGCUGUGUGUAUGCUGCGUUACCCCGGGGGAUGGUCCGCCACUGACGCCAGCAAGUUAAUCACAUUCAAAACAGGAAAGGUUGGCGAUUUCUUAAAGAAAGGUAAAACAAACAGAGAGCAAGAUGACGACGCGAUCGGAGAGAGAAAAGGCCCAGAAACUCAAUGAACAGCAUCAGGCCAUACUGUCCAAAAUGCUAAGGGAGGACGACAACAAAUACUGCGCCGACUGUGAGGCUAAAGGACCACGAUGGGCCUCCUGGAAUCUGGGCGUGUUCAUCUGCAUACGGUGUGCCGGAAUCCACCGGAACCUGGGCGUUCACAUAUCCCGAGUCAAGUCCGUCAACCUGGACCAGUGGACACAAGAGCAGAUCCAGAGCGUACAGGACAUGGCCAACACCAGGGCCCGAGCGCUGUAUGAAGCCCACCUCCCAGAGAACUUCAGACGGCCACAGACAGACCAAGCUGUGGAAUUCUUCAUAAGGGACAAGUACGAGAAGAAGAAAUACUAUGACAAGAACGCCAUCAACGGAUCCAUUAAGGCCCCUGAUGUGGCCCAGCCUUCCUCCUCCUCUCCCUCCUCACAAGCGUCUGACAAAAACAAGCUGGAGAAGAAGAAAGAGGAGAGGAAGAGGGAAAAGGACACAGACAAAGGGAACAAGCCCUCGCCUCUGGAGAAGAAGCGCGAGGAGGUCCAGACAGAGGCCAAGGCCAGUCCUAAGAAGAGCGCCGAGGCAGCCAUCGACCUGCUGGGCCUGGAUACCCCAGCAGCAGGGUCAGUGGGCAGUAGUGUUGGGGCAGCAGGCAGCGCUCCCAUCAGUGACGACCUGGACAUCUUUGGGCCCAUGGUGUCUAACCCUCUGCCCUCCUCCGCCAGCACAAACCAGACCAACUCCAGUAAAGCUCCAGGGGCCUCAGGAGCGGCAGGGCCCGCUCCCGGUGCACCGUCUGCGGCCGCAGCGGCUCCAGCGCCGGCCGCCUCCUCCCAGGGCGAGCUGGAUCUCUUCAGUGAGGGCGGCGGCGGCACCAAGGCGGAGGAGUCGGCUAAGAAGCCCCUCAGCAAGGACUCCAUCCUCUCUCUCUACGGCAACAGUGCCGUACCCCAGCAGCCCACACAAGCUGCCAUGUUCAUGGGCGCAUCUCAGAUGCAGUUCCCCGCACAGCCGCCCGCCAACUUCCAGGCCUUCCCGGGCAUGGGUGGCGCCAUGCCCCCCACUACCAUGAUGGGUGCUGUCAUGGGCCAGGGUGCCGCCCCGGCCGCCAUGAUGGGCCAGAACGCCACCGGCAUGAUGGUGGGCAUGACCAUGCCCAACGGCUUCAUGGGCAACGCCCAGGCCGCCGGCGUGAUGGGCCUGGCGCCGGGCAUGAUGGGAGCUCAGGCGGGCGCCAUGCCAGCGGGCGUAGUGCCACCCCAGAACAUGUACGCCAUGCCGCCCGGACAGCAGCCCCAGUGGAACAUGGCACAGAUGAACCAGCAGAUGACGGGCAUGAACCUGAACGGCUCCGGUGCGCCCAUGACCUUCGCUCAGCCCGGUGCCCCCAUGGGCGGUUGGGUGGGACCCGCCUCCGGCACGACCCUCAGCACCCAGCUCUGGAAGUGAGCAAGGGAUGGAUGGAUGGAGGGAGAAAGAGACAGAAGAGAAGAGGAGGAGGAAAGAGAGGGGGGAGGGGGGGGCAGAGCAGAAGAGGCCGUACGGACACACUCCUCCUCCUCCUCCUCCUCGUCUUCAUAUCUCCCUUUUUUUUUUUUUUUUGCGUCUCUUCGAGUGUUGUAUCCAUGUACUGUUCUGUUUCCUCUUCUUUCCAACCAUUACUACUCUGGAGAAUAUCAACUCUACCUGCUCAACCUUGUGUAUCUAUGGAGUGGUUAGAGUCUACUGAUAUAACACAGACUGGCAGCUUUUUGUCCGUCUUAUUUGCAAAAUAGUUUUUUUUUUCUUUCUUUUUCUUCUUCUACUCUUUUUUUAUUUUAUUUUUUGUUAAAGGAAAACAUAUCAGCGAAGAGAAGAGAAAAAAAAAGCUGCUGGACCAAUUAUACAAGCAUCUAAUAUAUCAUUACCAAAAUCGAUAGUGAGUAAUUAGUAUUUAAAUGGCUGAGACAUGGCUAUCAUGUUCGUGAAACCCCACUCCUCUCCGCCCCCCCCCCCACUCUCUCCUUUCCUACUGUGCCCUUGUGUAUACAGCCCCCCCUCCAUGGUCCUGUAGCAGGUUAUCGUAUGAGCCGAUGUUCUGUAUGUAAUUAUUAUACGGUAGAGAUCCAAUUCUCCGACUUCCCCCAACCAGAUCCAUCAGCAUCCCAUCCCAUCCCUCCGUGCCCCCAGCUCCCAGACAAAGCCCUCCUCAUAACUGUGGUGUUUUAUUAUGUGCGUUACAGAGAAGCACAGUUAGCAAGAGGAAAAUAAACCUGGACGACUCAACUAGACAGCAGUCUCACACAUAAACUAACAUUAACAAGUAAAUAAUAAAUAAGGACUCUAUGGGGAUGGUGAAAUUGGGAAAGAGUUUAAGUGUGUGUGUGGGGGGGGGGGGAAGAAUGAGUUUGGGACCAGUUUUGGGCUAGGAGUAAGAGAAUGCAUCUGAGGGAAGGAGAGAGAUAUUUUUAACAGAAAAUAAAUAAAUAAACAAACAAACAAACUGGAACGGAACACAAGAAACGGCAACACACACACACACACACACACACACACACACAGGCUGACAUACACAAGAGUCUAGACGGCGGUAGCAGAGCUUGCAAUCCACACAGACAGACAGGGUCACUCUGCUGUGCAAUAAUGUGAGAACACACGCACACACACACGCACGCACGCACACACACACACACACACACACACACACACACACAGAGAAACACUGUCGUCCUCCAGGUUUAUCUCUAUAAUGUGUUUACAUUUUCUGGUGCCUAGUACAGAGAAAAAAUGGUAUUUCCGUGCAUUAAACAGUAAAUAGCCAUGAACUAUAGUGUGAUCAUUUUGUCUGAAGACUCAUUUAUUGUAAAGUUUUUUUUUUUUCAUUUCUUUAUUUUGUUUUCCUUUUUUCUUCUGGCUUUUAAAAGAGGGUCGUUUGGAAUAAAGACAGUUGUACUCCU